AUGUCAAAAUUUUAUAACACAAAUUUGAAUAUACUAUCUUCUUCUCAAAAUAUAUUAUCACGAGAUAUAUUAUCCCAAAAUACAUCUCAAAAUCAAGAUAUAUCAACUCAAGAUAUAUCAUUUAUUUAUGAAGAACCGAUUAAUGGGUUAAAAUUUUAUAAUACUUACACCUUUAGUUUAGAGGGUUCUUUCUCGAUUUGGAUGAUCCUUGAAGAUGAAGAUCCAGCGUGCAUAUUACCUCAUUUACAUUUACGAUUUAUAGAUAAAACAGGAAAAAUCAAAUAUAUGGAUUUUAAUUAUACUCUACCUGCAGAAGCAAUUUGUCCCUUUAAUAUGGAGAUUUUACCCUUAGCUUAUAAUCAUAUAAUAAUAGUUUAUGUUAAAUCAAACAAUGGUAUUAAGGGAAAAUAUGGCAAAAUAAUUAAUUACAGCAAUGAGUCUAUAAAUGAAAUAUAUUUAGGAAAUGCUAAUGGAUCUGUUAGAUUUAGCAUAUCAGGUAAAGAACUUAUUAGUAUUGAAAAACCAGAUAAAGAAGGAAUAGCAAUAUGGCGUUUAUUUAGCAUUUCAGAUAUUACAAGGGGAAAAGUGAUAGAACAUAAAAAUGUUGAAUUUCAUGCACCAAAUCUAUUAUCGUAUACCUUGGUAGAUAGUUUAAGUUUUUCAUUAACAGAUGGAGGUUUUGGUUUUAUGUAUAUUUUAAAAUAUGAUGAAACAAAAGGAUCAUCAGUAAUGAGAGAUCCAAAUCUUCAAUACUGGAGAGUUUAUACAUCAUUUCUUAGAGUAGGUGCAGAUUCACCUAUGGCACCUUUUCUGGUUUACCAAACCACCGAAAAAUUAAAUAAUCUAACAAUUAAAUUAUGUACUGUGACUUAUAAUGCUGAAGGAUAUGUAUGUAUUAUGGCAUUAAAUAAUACAAUCAUAAAUAAGAAGAAUAAUAAGUCACAGACUGAGGUAAAUUACUAUCAGUUGAGAUUUUUAUCAACUGGGGCUAUAGUACGAUUAAAUAUAGUUUCUAAUCCAACAAAUAAUACAAACAUUGAUUUGAUAAGUUUAAAUUAUGGAGGAUUUCUUUUGCAACAUAGUCAUAAUAGUGUAAUGAAUUAUUAUCUUUUAGAUGAUGAUGGUAAUUAUAUGCAAUCACAGGGAUCUUUUGGGCCAGAAUUUAUUCAUUUUAAUAUGUUUCGUAUAAAUAAUACUAUUUUUGGAAUAAAGAAGCAGAGUAACAAUAAAUUGGAGUUUUUAUUAAAAUCUUUACCAAGAUUAAAUAAUCAUAGUACUGAAUAUAAUUGUCCCAUAAUUGAAACUACAAAGCCAGCUAUUAAUGAAGUCAUUGAUCCUUUAAUUAAAGAAAUAAUGAUCAAGUAUACCAUUCCAGUAAAGUUAUCUACUGCGAAUGUUUCGAUAUUUCAACUAAGUGAUGAUCCAGAUAAACCGGAUCUAUUAAGACAAACAUUUUCAGGAGAUUAUAAACUAUGUACUGUUGGACAUGAUAAUUACACAGUGCAUAUCCCAAUUUUUGAAAGCACAUUUAGCCAACCCAAUUCUUCCUAUUAUGUGUUGGUUGAGAAUAAUUUUGUCAUCUCUCAAGAGAGAGAUGAACCUUUAAUAGGAAUUAAAGAGAAACUUUGGAUGCUUUCAACAAGACCACUUAAAGCGGCACAACAUUCAGAUUCGAUUACAGGAAUACUUCGACUAAAUGAGGAAGGAAGUUUGAAAUUUCUCCAAGCAAAUCAUUCAAUAUUUUUCAUGAAUAUGAUUCAAGAAAUUUCUAAGAUAAUUCCAAAAAUAUUAUUAUCAUUUAACAUAAAUGAAGCUAAAGAUGAUAAUACAGUUGAACCAAAUACCCAAACAAUAUUUGAAAAUUUAAAUACCUUGAUCAAACAAAAAAGGUUUACUGCACUUUCAUUUAAUGAAUAUACAUCAUUAAUUGAUGAAAGUGCACCUUUUAUAAUGACCAAAGAUUAUUUCAAAGAAUUUUAUCCAUUAAUUAUAAUUUUUAUAGCAGGUUUAGUAGUUUUAAUAGUAUUAUAUAUUUUGGCGCGUAUAAAAAAUCCCAAAGGAAAAAACUUUGCAAUAUUUGAGACCUGUUUUAUAAUACAAGAUAUUGCCGUAGAUCUAGUAUUCAUAUUACUGAAAGUUAAAAAUACACCACAUUUAAUAAUUCCAGCUAAAAUAUUCUUUAUUUUACCUAUUGUAAUUAAUAUUUUAUUAGCCAUAAAUAUUUUUGUAUCUGAAAUGGCAACAAAUCCAUCAUUCUCUAAAUGGGUUUCAAAGUCUCUGACACUAUCAUCAAUUUGCACAUUAUUAUCAGCCAUUGACAUACAAAUAUUAAAUACUUUCUCAUCGGAUUUAUUUGGUCUUAAAAUAUUUUCAGCUCCUUUGACUAAUAUAUCACAAAAAAUAAUGCUUUGGGGUAGUAUCAUAAGCAUCUUCAUUGAAGAUGUACCUCAAUUCAUUAUCCAGUGGCUAUAUUACAAUAGUGUUAUAACGUAUGAUCUUAUUCCAACUCUUGCGCUUGCAUCUGGUGGGUUAGUUAUAGGAAAUAAACUAAUUACAAGAUCAUAUCACGCGUUAUUAAGAUGGAGUCAUCGACGCGAUAAAGUUAAAGAAUUUAUUAAACGUGGACAUUUAUCUGCUGCUUCUAUAAGAUCAAUAAGGUCCAAUGUUGAAAAUUAA